AUGAAAAGAAGUCAGAGUGAAAACGAACAAGGCUACUUGUCCUAUUUGACAUGCUUCGCUGGUGGUGUUUUCCUGGCAACAUGUUUCCUGGACAUUAUCCCCCAUAUCAACGAAGGAUACGAGGAGCUAUUGGCCACUUAUGACCUAAAUUGGCACUUUGCUUAUCCCCAAUUCGUCACGUGUUGCGGAUUCUUUUUCAUCUAUUUUAUUGAGGAAUUCACGACGUUUGUUUUUGGAAAUGGCCAGCAACCGGGCCAUGGUCAUUCGCACUCCAUGAGCCUGAGAGGUCAAAAAGUUGGAAAUUCCGAAUUUAAUGGAGGGCUGAGUCCAGGAUUGCCCAAGGAGAGAAAAGGCAGUGUUAAUAUUACGAACCUCCGCAUGGAAGAAGCAUCAACCUGGGUGGUGUCUGAUGAGAAGUCCAACAUCCUCAAAUCCCUAACUUUUGCCGUUGCCAUGUCCUUCCACUCGCUUCUGGAAGGUUUUGCCCUUGGCGUUCAAGACACUACUGGCCGAAUUUAUGCCCUUUUUUUCUCUCUACUUCUUCAUAAGAGCGUAGAGGCAUUCUCAGUGGGUCUUCAGAUUUCAAUGGCUAACUCGAAUAAAAAUACAACCGUACUCGCCACCAUUCUAAUCUACAGUCUUAUGGCUCCAAUGGGCUCCCAUUAUNGGAUCGGAUCUCCAGAAUUCCGAAACCAAUAUCUAUAA